UCCUACAUCACACCCUACCGUCCUGUCGCGUGCACAGGAAUGGCCGAGGACGAGCAAGACGUAGCCUCAUAUGGCAGUGAGAAGCAAGGCUUACUUGACCCCGCCUGGGAGCGUCAACAACGGAAGACGUUCACUGCCUGGUGCAACUCCCAUCUUCGUAAGCGUGGAAUGAAGAUUGAAGAAAUCGAUCAAGACUUCUGUGAUGGGCGCAAACUGAUUGCCCUUCUCGAAGUCAUUUCUGGAGAGGCUCUGCCGUCGCCGGAGAGAGGCAAACUGCGCUUUCACAAAAUAGCAAACGUACAGAAAGCGCUCAAUUUCGUGCAGGGCAAGGGCGUCCGACUUGUCGGCAUCGGCGCUGAAGAAAUCGUAGAUGGCAACACAAAAAUGACGCUUGGUAUGGUUUGGACCAUUAUCUUGCGGUUUGCUAUUCAGGACAUCUCAGUUGAGGAGCUGUCAUCUAAAGAGGGUCUCCUGCUGUGGUGCCAGCGAAAGACGCAACCGUACAAGAACGUUAAUGUGCAGAAUUUCCACAUGAGUUUCAAAGACGGACUCGCUUUCUGUGCUCUCAUUCACCGUCAUCGUCCGGAACUGAUUGAUUAUAACAGUUUGAAGAAGAGCAAUCCUUUGGAGAAUUUGAAGACGGCAUUCGAGGUUGCUGAGAGAGAACUGGAUAUUCCACAGAUGUUGGACGCAGAAGAUAUCGUGGGAACAACCAAACCCGAUGAAAGAGCAAUCAUGACCUACGUGUCCUCAUAUUACCAUGCAUUUUCAUCCAGUCAAGCUGCUGAGACUGCCGCCAAGCGUAUUGGAAAAGUUUUGGAUGCUAACCAAGAGAACGAGAGGAUGAUUGAAGAAUACGAGACACUGGCCAGUGACCUCUUGCAAUGGAUAAAGGAUAAGUUGGCUUGGCUUUCCGAUCGUACUCCCGAGUUUACUCUGCAAGGAACACAGGACCGGCUAGAAGAGUUCAGAGGCUACAGAACCCUGGAAAAGCCGACGAAAGCUGAAGAUAAAGGUCGUCUCGAGACGACAUUCAAUACGUUGCAGACCAAGCUUCGUAUCAGCAAUCGACCAGCUUACUUACCAAGCGAAGGGAAACUUGUCAGCGACAUAGCUCAUGCAUGGAGAAAUCUGGAAACGGGAGAGAAAAACUACGAGGAGUUUCUACUGGCAGAACUCCGAAGGCUGGAACGACUCGAACAUCUUGCAGCCAAGUUCAACCACAAAGCCGAUAUACACGAGGGUUGGACUGCCGGCAAGGAGGAGGCACUGCAAGCCGAUGAUAUCUCGGGAGCCAAUCUAGCAACCGUUCUUGCUCUAAUCAAACAGCACGAGGCGUUCGAGAGCGACCUGAGUGCGCAUCACGACCGUGUGGAACAACUCGGUGCCAUCGCACAAGAACUGAAUGAACUCAGGUACAGUGCUGUGGAUCAAGUAAACGCACGACUUCAGUCAAUCAAUGAACAGUGGUCGAGGCUGGGUGUGCUUUCAGCACAAAGGCGUGAAACACUAGAGGAAGCUCGAACGCAGCAGGAACACAUCGAUGGCAUCAGACUCGAUUUUGCCAAGAAGGCUGCACCAUUUAACAACUGGAUGGAUGGAGCUAAGGAAGAUCUGAUGGAUAUGUUUAGUGUUCACUCUAUGGCUGAAAUUCAGGAGUUGCAAGCAGCACACAACACAUUCAAGCAAAACAUGAUUCAGGCGCAAGAGGAGUUUGAUUCCUUGAUGGCCGUAGCGAGUGAGAUCAGCACUCUCUCUGGGUCUUCAUACAAUCCGUACACGACCUUGACUCCGGAGGAUUUAUCUGAUAAGUGGGCUGAAGUCGUUGACUUGGUUCCUCAGAGGGACGCUGUUUUGAGGAAGGAAGAGGAACGUCAAAUUGCUAACGAGCAGCUACGAUUGCAAUUCGCCGAACAAGCGAACGUUGCUGGCCCAUGGAUUGAGCAACAGAACGAGUACGUUGCCACUCUGGGUUUACAAGCAUCUGGAAGCCUCGAAGAUCAGCUUACUUCGUUGAAGCAGGCAGACGAAGACGUGGCGGCUUUCAAGCCCAAUGUGGAUGCACUGGAGCAGUUGAACCAGGCUGUACAGGAGGCACUGAUUUUUGACAACCCACACACAUCCUACUCGAUGGAGACAAUACGGGCAAGUUACGAGCAGCUGGUUGCCUCAAUAUCACGAAACCUCAACGCUGUAGAAAACCAAAUAUUGACUCGUGAUUCGAGAGGUCUGUCAGAAGAACAGCUACGUGAAUUCCGACAAUCGUUCAACCACUUUGAUAAAGAUAAGUCUGGCCAGCUUGACAAGAACGAAUACAAGGCAUGCCUGCUCAGCUUGGGAUACAACCUAGCUGUUGGGGAAGGUGAGGAGCAAGAGUUGGCUCGAUUGAUGAGGCAGAUCGAUCCGAAUACGACCGGUUAUGUAACCUUUGAUGCAUUCGUUGACUUCAUGACCAAAGAGUCGAUAGAUGAAGACACAGCCGAGCAAGUAAUUUCGUCAUUCAAAGUGCUUGCGGGCGACAAGCCAUAUAUCACAGCCGAGGAGCUACGCAGAGAGUUACCUGCCGAUCAGGCAGAGUACUGCAUUACUCGGAUGUCGCCAUACGAGGGUCCUGACGCGGUUCCCGGCGCCCUCGACUACACCCUCUUCUCGAGUGCGCUGUAUGGGCAAAGCGAUUUGUAGGCAUGACUGAUAGACCGCUCGGUCUGGACUUUAUGCAAUCAACAAUUUAUUGCGGCUUGUUUCGUGUUUUUGUGCUCGGUGGAUGAUUUUGCUUUGUUUAUGGAUCAAUUUGUGUUGGUCACCAUGCUUA